ACUGGCUGGAUGAGGUGCUGCCAAUCAUUGAGCAGCACUCGCUCACAUAUGAGCAGUUGAAGUUUGAAGCCGAGGAGAAAUUGCAAAAGGUGAUUGAGGACAUUUCUGUGCUGAUCACUGACACCUAUCCUCUACUAGUGAUUUUGGAUGAAAUGGACGAUAUUAAGCUAGCCAGGAAAUACCUCAGCCAAAUCACCCUGCACAUGAGCAAGAUAAAGCAUAUCCAGUCCCGAAUCGAGUGGAUCAACAAGGAGGAAGUCUGCCUAAAUUUCCCCCAAUCCAGCUAUGCGGACUUCGAAACCUUGAAAGACUACGUCUAUCCGUUUUACCACCUUUUAAAGCUAAGCUUGGACGUUCAGAAGCACGUCUCUGUGUGGCAAAACGGCCAAUUCGAUCAGCUGGACUUUGAAAGCGCCAACUCCAAGGUGGACAAAUUCGGUGCCGAGUUGGGAAAGGUUCAGAAAAAAUACCGAAAGCGACUCAGGCAGGCGCAAGAUGAGAAUUUGCCCAUACGGUAAGACUAUUCAACACCAGAAAUGGUUUGAAAGUGGUCGAUGUUCCUCAUAAGAUUCAAGGGAACCGUGGAUGAUCCAGACAUUUUAAACUGGCCCGCCCCUUUGAAGCUGUGCGGAAUGUGCCUGAAUAUUCUGCAGGAAUUUAAGCCAUCAUUGACCAUAAUGCAGAUCAUGUGCAAUGAUGCCUUGCGGCCCAGACAUUGGAAGGCCAUGUCCGAAAUUGCUGGGUUCAACUUGAUGCCCAAUGCUGGGACCACUUUGAGGAAAAUGGUGGAGUUUGACCUCAAAGGCAAGCUGCAGGAAUAUGGCAUAAUUUCCACUUGCGCCUCCAAAGAGCAACAGCUACUGGAGCAGCUGACGUCCCUAAAGGUUCAGUGGAAAACCGUAAACUUUACCAUCAAAGCAAAAAAAUCCACUCCAACUCUAGAAGAGUUGAAUGAUAUAGAAACUUUGGUAGAGGACCACGCGAUCAAACUCCUGAAUAUGAGAAGCUCAGUUUUCGUUAAGCCCUAUGAACGGGAGGUUUUGGAGUUUUCAACCACACUCCAAAGGAUUUCGGCGUUUGUCCACGACUGGAAAGUGUUUCAGAGUGCCUACAUGAAACUCCUUCCGGUAUUCCAGCUUAAGGACGUCUGCUGCAGCAUCCCAAAACAGGCAGAGCUUUUCCAGACGUGCCACAGAUUUUUCCAGGAAAUCACCAAAAAAACCUCCGAAACCCCUGCAGUGCUUCACCACAUUUGCCAAACAAAUAUUGUCGAAGACACCAAAAUCUCCCUGCUACAGCUCGAACACGUGCAGAAGGGGGUCGAUGCCUAUCUGGAAGGUAUCAGGGUAAAAUGCCCCAGACUGUACUUCAUAUCCAAUCAAGAGACAAUCACACUCAUGGCCACUGAUUGGGAGUUUUGCGGCGGGAGUUUUCUAUGGAAACUGUUCCCUGGCGUUGAUUCCUUGGGGUUUGGAAGCUCUAAGGAAGUUAUCGCUUUCAAAAGCCGCCAAGGUGAAGAAGUGCGUCUAAGACGCCCGAUAGAUCUGAGCACUGUGGAGAGCACCUUCAACCAAUUACAAGCCGCAAUGGUUGACAGCCUCCAGCAGAUCGCUGCGGAUUGUUUCAAAGUCUACAAGAAAUUGCCCGUUAGGGACUUGGUGCAAAACUACCCGCAGCAAGUGCUGCAAGUGAUGGCGCGAGUCUUCUGGACCGACCAAGUGGAGAACGCCCUCAAACUCUCCCAUAACAUCAAGCUGCUGAUCUGCAAGCAAAAGCUGGAAAGCUCCAUUGAAGAGAAAAUUGCUCUUAUCAACAGCAAAGUAAACCAGUUGGAGAGGGUUGUUUUGAGGAACCUACUAAUCAGCGACUUGAACAAUAAGUAUCUACUCAGCUCUUUUGUGAAAGACGGUUUGGUGAUAGACCACACUCACUUUGAGUGGCAAGUGCAACUGAGGUACUACUUUCAGAGCUCGUUGUGUUCAGUCCGAAUGCUGAAACAUUCCCUGGAUUAUGGCUAUGAGUAUCUGGGAAAUAGCGAGCAAAUUGUGCUCACGCCUCUAACUGAUCGCUGCUUUGUUGCUUUGCUCAGCGCGUACUUUUCCAGCUGUUUUGGCUUUGUCCGGGGCAAAAUUCACUCAGGAAAAGCCAGCACAGUUCGAGCCCUAGCAGAGGCUUUAGGGAGGCUGUUUUUGAGCUUCACCUGCCUUGGAAGCAUGGAUGCGGAGCCGCUCCUUCAGCUGCUAAAAGGCGCUGUUCAAUGCGGCGCCUGGAUCACCCUCAAGCACUUCGAGCAGCUGAAAGUGGAAGUUCUUUCAGUAAUUUCCCAAGAUCUUCUAGGAAUAAUCGAACUGAAGAAACGAGACCACUGCAGCGCGAAAGAUUGCUUUGUUGUUGGGCAGUUGUCUACCGGGAGAACUGGAGUUGAAUUGCCUGAGAAUUUCAAGGUUUUAUUCAGGACCUUCACAUUGACUCAACCAGAGUUGGGAGCAGUUCUAGAGGGUCUCCUUGCUAGCAAGGGCGUGAAAGACUGCAGGCGAUACUCCAGGCUGAUUAGCCACUGUUUUGCCCUCUUAGAGGAUGCGCUUAGCAGCGAAAGGCAAUUCAGUUUCAGGCUGGGCGAAGCCAAAAAGUUGCUGGAGAUAAUUGAGGAAAUUGCCUCCGCCAACCGACCUGAGGAGUUUUGCAGCAUACUCUGCCAGAGCCUCAACGGGGCCUUUAUGCCUUCGCUCAACUGCAGCGAUCAAAAAAUCUUCUCGCAAGUUCUUUGGGAGGUUUUCCACGAAUCUGCUCCCCCAGCUCAAAGCUUUGAGGUUGAUGAGGACAUCAACCCGGUGAGCAACCAGGACUUCAACCGGCGUGUUUCUGAUCUCUUUGCCUCUAUGCAACGUUCUAGAUCAGUGAUUCUGUUAGGGAGGCCGUUUACUGGCAAAACCAGCGUGUUGAAAGCUUGCGCUCGCUUAUUUAAGAGGCUCAAUAGCGCGGAAGUUGAACUGCACGUUUUCAACCCGAAAUGCCUCGAUUACCAGGCCCUGAUCGGGCAUGGGUCGACAGACAAGAAUGUUAGAUGGAUUGAUGGCGUUUUGCUCAGAAUCAUCAGACAGGCCGGUUUGGGGGCAAGCUGGAUACUGCUCGAUGGUUGCAUAGAGGAAAGCUGGAACAAAGGACUGUCCAGCGUGGUGGAAGAUGGCACGUUGUGUUUGGAGUCGCUGGAAAGCCUGAAACUGAGUGAGAGCUUGAGGUUUAUAUUUGAGACCAUCUGCUUGAAGAACGCCAGCCCUUCUAUGGUAUCGGGCAGCACCACAAUUUACUUUCCCCCUGAAACGCUACCCUACACCUCUUUGCUGGAAGCCUGGAUCAAAGCAUGUCAGUCCCACUGGUUUUUGGAGCAUCGCACUCAAAUAGAAGAAAUAUUCAACUGGUUCCUCCCGCCCUGUUUAGAAGCAUUUAAAGCGCCAGGCUUGGACAAGCUUUGCGAUGUGCCAGACAAUAUUCUGGUCCAAAACACCAUCGCGUACUUCCAACUGAUUCUAGACGAUGCUAGUUUGAACGUGAAUGAAGAUCCGAAGAACCUGCAGGCCUGGAUCCAUGCCACCUGCCUACAGGCCGGAGUGUUGGGAUUUUCGGCUAGCUUAUCGGGCGAGAGCCAGCAGAAGUUUGAUGAGUUUUUCAAGUGGCUCUGGAAGGGCCAAAAUCCAUCGCAUCCUUAUCCCAAAGGCCUGGAUCGGCUGGAAGUAGGCAUUCCACCUGAGGGCGUUUUGCUUGAUUACUGCUACCUCUACAAGCAGCGGGGCGCUUGGAAGCUCUGGGCGGAUCUGCUGAAGAACGAGAAAAUCGAGCUGCCCAAUUUCGUCCCCACUGUGGACAGUGUGAGGUGCAACUUUCUUCUGGAGCUGCACAUCAAGUACAACAGGCGCUUUCUACUGGUAGGGCCGAGGGCCACUGGAAAAUCGCUGAUCUUCAAAAACAGCUUCCUGAAUCGCCUGCCGGAGGAGAAGUUUGAUAAAGCUCUCAUCACAGCAGGCAGUCACUUGAGUGCUGAUUUCCUCCAGAAGUUGUUGCAUGGCAAAUUGGUCAAGAAGCACAGUGGGAUUUACGCCCCCAGUGCAAACAAGCGCUUCAUUUGCUUCCUGGACGACUUGCAUUGCUGCCCAAAGUCUGGCAGCACCUUUGAACAACUAAGGCAGCAGCUGGAUCACAACCAGUGGUGCGACUUGAAGAGCUGGGAAAGUGCUUCUUUGGAAGCCACGAAUUUCAUGAUUUCCUUCAGCGGUAGCGGUUUUCCAAAAAGGCUGUUAAGGCACUUCAAUCUGUUUGCCAUCAACCAGUUGAGUGAGGAGAAUGUUUCCAGAAUAUUCCUGCAGAACUUGACGCAGGCCUGGAAGAAAGCGGCACUGCCCAAUGACGUGGUAAAUGCGGCCAAUCUCUUGGUGGGCGCGUCGCUGCAAGUCUACAACCGCUUGGGGAUGCAGAUGAAACCCACUUUGGCAAAAUUCCAUUAUCUCUUUGACAUCAACAGUCUGUCCACGGUGUUCCAAGGCUGCGUCCUUUUGAGGAAGGACGUCUACGAUGGUAACAAGAAAAUCUUCGUCCGGCUGUGGGCGCACGAGGUUUUCCGGGUGUUUGCAGAUCGGAUGUUUUUUGAGGAUGUUCACCGUUUAUGUGCCCUCAUCAAGGAGAGCGUGGCUGCAAAUUUCCCUGCGGAAGAUUUCCAGGAAGUUCUUGGCGACCUGCCCUUCAACCGGCUGUUUUUCGCAAGUUUCCAGGAUAGGAGCUACGAUGAAGUCAAGUUUCAGCUGCUAGAGGAAAAGUGCUUGCAGUCGUUGCAGGAAUACAACAGCAGGGUCAAGCCCCAACUUGAUUUGCUGCUGUUCGACUACGUUCUGGAGCAUCUGGCGCGUUUGCUCAGACUAUUAGCCAUUCCCAAUGAAGGCGCCAUGCUGAUUGGAUUGCCUGGAUAUGGGCGCCAGUCGCUGGUAAAAUUCGCAAGUUUUAUCAGCAAACGCGAAUUUUCCCAGUCGGAAAGUGCCGGCAAAUUUUGCCAGCACAAGGAGGAAUUUAAGAGCGUGAUGAGAUGCUGUGGUGGCAUCGGGAGUAAGUGGGUGUUUUUUGGCGCUGGCCAGGACGAGCUCCUCGGCAUAGUAGACCACUAUAUAAGAGAUGGCGAUGUGACCGACUUGUAUGAGCCGGAGGAGAAACAGGAGCUGCUCGAGCUGAGCCGACUGGCGGCUCAAGGAGGCAACAGAAAUCUGGAAAUCAGCUCCCACAAGGUUUUCCUGUAUUUUAACCGGAAAUGUCGCGAAAAUUGUCAUGUGUUUCUGUCCGUAAACCUGGAAGGGCUAAGGGCGAGACUACUCGCCUACCCCUCAUUGGCCACUCGCCUUAAUUUGAUCCUCUGGAACGAUUGGCCUGAAAGUGCUCUAACAUUCAUCUCAACCCAGGCCAUGCGCAACGUACAUCUGGAAAACGGGAUUAAAGAACGCGCUUCGCUGGCUGCUCAACAUUUUUACCAGUCGUGCCAACGCUUGGAGCUUCUAAAGGGUUGCGUCACUCCCAAGGCCUACUUCCACUUCCACGAACUCUUUGUUGGAUUGCUAGAGGAAAAACAGAAGCGGCUGACAAAGAAAAAGGAAAAAUUCCAGCAGGGCCUGGCCAAGUUGUCCUACGCGGCCAGCCAGAUUCUCAACAUGCAACAAGCUCUGGCCGAAUAUCAGCCGCAACUAGAAGAAAUGACCGAGAACGCCGUCAGCAUGACCGAGCAAAUCGCUCUGGAAACGCUCCAAGUGGAAAAGGCCUCCGCCCUAGUGCGGAAGGACGAGAAAACGGCCAAAGAACAAGCGGCAGUAGCGGAACUUUUAAAGUCCGAGUGUGAAUCCGAGCUGGCGCAAGCCAUCCCCAUUUUGGAGGACGCAAUUUCCGCCCUAAACACCCUCAAGCCCUCCGAUAUAACUUUGGUAAAAUCCAUGAAAAACCCUCCUGAUGCCAUCAAACUAGUGAUGGCUUCAGUGUGUGUGAUUAAAGAUGUUAAGCCUGAUCGAAUUCCCGAUCCCAGCACGGGGCGCAAGUCGCUCGACUACUGGGGGCCCUCAAAGCGCAUUUUGGGAGACAUGAACUUCCUCCAGACCCUGAAGGACUUCGACAAGGACCAUAUCAAGCCCGAGGUGAUGGUGAAAAUCCGAAAAGACUAUCUUCCGCAUAAGGACUUCAAGCCCCAUGUGGUUGCUAAAGCGUCCAGUGCAGCUGAGGGUCUUUGCAAGUGGAUCAUUGCCAUGGACAUGUACGAUAGAGUGGCUAAGGAAGUGGCGCCGAAAAAGGAGAAACUCAAUAAAGCGGAAAGGGAGUAUGCAAACACGAUGAUGGUGCUGAAUCAGAAGAAAGAGGAAGUGGUCCGGAUUGAAGAGAAGCUGGCGCAGCUUCACGGGCUUUUGGAGGAGGCCACCAGGAAGCAGCGAAAGCUGCAAAUUGAGGUGGACAUCUGCAAUAAAAAGCUGCAAAGCGCUCAGAAGCUGAUAGGGGGCUUGAGUGGGGAGCGGCUCAGAUGGACCGAGGCCGCAGAAAGCCUCCAAAGCCACUAUGAGGUUCUCGUUGGUGAUCUGCUGCUGUCCAGUGGGAUCAUUUCCUAUCUAGCUCCACUUCACAAAAAACCGCGACAAACAACACUCAAAGAAUGGCAAAGACAUCUGCAAAAAAACAACAUUCCCUUGAGCAGCGACUUCCAGUUUGCCUCAGUCCUUUCCAAUGAUGUGGAAGUUCAGCGAUGGAUGGAAUUCGGCCUUCCUGCCGACUCAUUUUACAUAGAAAACGCCGUAAUUUUUGGCAACUCCAAGCUGUUCUGCUUGCUUCUGGACCCCCAUGCUGAAGCCCUGCAGUGGAUCGCCAACUUAGAAGCCUGCAAUAAUCUUACGAUCACUGAAUUUACUUUCAAUAACUGGCUGAUGACCCUCGUUUUCUGCCUAACUAAAGGAAAAACUGUGCUGAUUAAGGACUGCAAAGGGGAGCUGCCUACCUGCCUGCAUCCCUUCCUAUGUGGGCAAGGCCUGAUGAACCCCCUGGAUGGCCAGAGGGUUGAAAUCCACCACCUUUCUAGAGUCUACAUUGUGUGCUGCAACCCCAAGACAAAUUACCCUAGAGAAAUCACCAGCAGAUUAACUACGAUUGAUUUUUCGUUGACUUUCCAGGCUCUAGAGGAGGACGUUUUGAGUACGGUUGUGGCGAUUGAAAACCCGAAUAUUCGGAAGCAAUCCAAGGAGCUGACGCAGCAAAAUAAAGCCAAUAAGGCCGAGCUGAAGGAGCUGGAAGCGAAAAUCCUUAGCACUUUAUGCGAGAGCCAGGCGGACAUACUGGAGGACGAAGACAGCAUUCUAAGAUUGGAUAAGUCCAAGGAACUAACCAAGCUCGCCAUGGAAAAGCAGGCAAAAACCAAGCAACUAGCUGAAUUAAUUCACGAAGUUAGAUCCAAGUACUCCAUGGUGGCGAAGCAUGCUGCCUGUCUGUUCUUCUGCAUCAGCCACUUGAGUAAAGUGCACCAUAUGUAUCAGUUUUCCGUCAAGUGGUUUAAAAACCUAUUCUUUAUUUCAAUUUUGAAUGCGGGAAAGUCGAAGGAUUUCCAGACUCGCUGCCAAAAUCUUUGUAGCACUUUUACCUUCGAUCUGCACCAGAGCGUCAUCAAGGGGAUUUUUGAAAAACACAAACUUCUCUUCACUUUCUGGCUUGCCUUGCAAGUGCUUGUCAACAACGGCGAUGCUUCUGAAGAGGAGGUGGCGCUGUUUUUUCAAUGGGAGAGCUUGGAGGCUGCAACUUUUCGAGGAGAAAAGCCUGGAUGGAUUGCGCAGCCCAUAUGGCUCAACUUGCUUAGGCUUGAAAGUUCGCAGCUCUUCAAGGGUGUUGCCCAGUCGUUAAUUGAGAACCCUUCCGAGUGGAGGAAAUACUGUCAAGGUAUGCACCCUCCAAAACAGUUUCACAGGCUGAGCAUAGUGGGCAGAAUUAUUCUGGACCAGGUGUUGAAGCCCGAAGAGACUUUAAUCCAGAUUAGAGCUCUGAUAAAAUCCAGUCUAGGUGAACGCUUCUUGACGCCAAUUGGAUUGGAUAUGCAGCAGACCUUUAGCGAGUCCUACAACUUGCUGCCGAUAUUAUUCAUCCUAACUCCCGGCCUGGACGUGCUAAAAAUCCUGCAAAACUUCGCCCUGGUUAAGGGAGAGUUGCAUAAUUUCCAUCACUUGAGCCUCAGCGAAGCGAACUGCUUCAACGCCGAAGAACUGAUUGAACAAGGCCGGAAAUCUGGGUCUUGGAUUCUUCUGCAGAACUGCCACUAUACAGGCGAGUGGCUGUUUCAGCUGGACCAACUGCUGAAGAGCAUGGAUUUUGAAAAUACCUGCGAAAACUUCCGGCUCUUCCUCACCAGUAGUGAUAGUUCAGAGUUUCCUUUGGAGCUGAUCCAGAAUUCCAUCAAAAUCGUUGAAGAGCCGCCGGAUAGUUUAGGAAGAAACUUGCUGCGCAUCUACAACAACCCUCCCUUAAUAGGUAAGGGAUUUUUCUAUGGCUGUCCUGGUAAGCAGGAAGUAUUUUCCAGGCUCCUGUUCGCUUUAUGCAACUUUCACACUUUGCUCCAGCAGCGGCGUAAGUUCAGGAACUGGAAUGUGAUGUGGAGGUUUGAGGAGGCAGAUCUUGGGCAUUCAUUGGAGCUUUUGCGGGAGAGUGUUAACGAGCAAAUUUGCCUGUUUGAGAAAGUUUACUUUGUUAUUGGCGAGUGUAUUUACAACGGGCAUUUGGGCAGCAACCAUGAAAAGAGUUUUGUUCUGGAAAUGCUCAAGACUUGUGUAAGCGAGAAGGUUCUGGGAAAAAAUACAGGACAGUCUAAUGGAGGUCGGAUUCAGACUCUCCCCAGCAAGAAUGAUCGACGCGACUAUUUGAGGCACAUUGAGGGCCUGCCAGAGCAGGAGGCAGCUGAUUCGCUCUAUUUGACUGAGCAUCAGUUAGCCGAACAGCAGUUAUUAACAAUCAGGAAUUUUUCGGCUACUGGUUCCCAAAUGCUUCAAACUCGACAGCCAAGUAGUAGGAACCAUAAAGGAACUUUUGCCUCUGUAGACGAGCUAAUCGAGCUGAUUCCAGCAAACAUCCAAAAGAAGUUUGUCGAAGACUUUCUAACCAGAGAAAGUCGUAUGUAUCGCAGGCUUUUGGAGAGAAUCCGGGCAGAUUUGAGGCAUCUGAAGUUGGCAUUGCAAGGAGACUUGGAGCUGAGUGAUUCUUUAGAGGACAUUGACUUAAAUAUCUUGCAAAACACGGUGCCAAAGGCUUGGCUGAAACUGUGCUACCCCACUUUGGCCAGUCUGGCACAAUUUGUAAAGGACCUUUCGGAAAAUGUGCGGUUUUUGGAAAAUUUCACACCAAACACCUAUUUAGUAAGAGCGCUUUUCUUUCCCCGGGCGAUUUUGGCUUUCACCAAGCUAAAGUAUGCCAAGGAGGCGAAAGUUAUGCCAGAAAACAUCGAUUUCCUCUAUAAAGGGCCGAUGGACACAGACGCUGGAGAAUUUAGUGAGUUUGCAGCUGUUUUUAAUGGGGUUUUUCUUAUGGGGGCCCGAUGCGAUCGCCACUGUGGAUUGGUUGAGUUAAACCCGGCGACUUCCUACAGUCUACUGCCUUCAAUAAUCAUCCAACCUGCUGUGUUGGAUGAAGGAGCUUUAACUAAGGGUUUGAAAUGUGGACUAUUUAAGACUGAGCCUGGCCUGGAAAAUUUGGCGCUUCCAGGCGCUGAUAACUUUGUAUCAUUUGUUAAAUUGCGGUGUGAAAAUGGGAGUUUCUGGGCAAAAAGGGCUGUAUAUUUAGUGGGCGAAGUACCAUCAGCCUAACGCUAUAUCUGGAUGGAUUUUUGUGCCAUUUCUCCUUGGUUUCAUUAAUGUGUUUUUAGAAACAUUUCUUUUAUUAACUCUCGUGUCUAAAUUUAGAUGAAUAUUUUUUAGAUAAUAAAUUAACACAAAUAAGUUAACCAGGUAAGUGCCCAAGGCCUAUAACAAAUCAAAUGUACAAUUUCUACUUGAUUUCAACAUCAAGUUCAGUCAGUUGGUUCAUUUUCCAUCAACGCUGGAAACGGCUGAAUUGCCACACUGUCUUCUAAUUAAAUU